AGCUGCAGAAGCCAAGAGAGAAGACGGACAGCAGUCAACGCUCCUUUUGAUUCCCUCGGUCAGACGCUCAACGUAAAGGAGCACAGAAACUCAAACGAUGACAAGCGUCAACACUUUGUCCGGACUCCUGCUUCUCAUCAUCAUCCAAAGCAGCUGGCAGGUGCCUGACCAGGACACAGAUCGUAACUCCAUGCUAUUGCCCGAAAACUCCAUGAUGAUGGAACCAGUUGAGCUCCCGAAGAGACAUUCAGAGGGAACAUUUUCAAACGACUACAGUAAAUACCUGGAGACAAGACGAGCACAAGACUUUGUCCAGUGGCUAAAGAACUCAAAAAGGAACGGGAGUCUAUUUAGACGCCAUGCGGACGGCACCUACACCAGCGACGUGAGCUCCUACCUGCAGGACCAGGCAGCCAAGGAGUUUGUGUCCUGGCUGAAGACCGGCCGGGGCAGGAGAGAGUAGACUCCACCACGUCAGAGCGCCACCACCAGCUCCCCAUUAAUAAUGCAAAGAUUCCCACUGACUCUGUGCCAUUCUAUGUUUCACUGUCUGUACAAGCCUUGUCAUGCUAUUAAAUUCCCAUCAUAAAAUCUC